AUGUUCCCCACCCCUGGGCACCUGUGCAGCAACAUGGCCCAGACAGCUGUCUUCCUCCGCCGCCCUGGGGACCUCACCUGUGCCCCGCAGGCCGCCCUGCUCUUCAGCCUGGUCCUCACCUCCUUCUGCUUAUCCUGCGGUACAGAAGCGAGCAGUGGCAACUCAACCCAGAGUACACAGCACCCAGACCCUGGGACCCCGGAGCACUGUGCCAACGUUGACUUCUGCCCACUAGCCUCUCUGUGUUGCCGAGCUUCCGUGGACGAAUACGGCUGGAUCGCUGCGGCGGUUGGCUGGAGUUUCUGGUUCCUCACCCUCAUCCUGCUGUGCGUGGACAAACUGAUGAAGUUGACUCCGGAGGAGCCCAAAGACCUGGCAGCAUGA